UGCUAAUUCCUCAGACAUUGUCUCCAUCUUUUCUUCAUCCUUAAUCCCUCAUUGCCUGGACUCACUUUUCCACAUCUCCCUUCCCAAUGGCUCCCCGAGACCCGCCCGCCACUCUUGCCGCCGUACCCAACCACCCCACCCUCACCGCCAAAGAGAUUCGCUACCGAGGCGUCAGGAAGCGACCCUGGGGGCGCUACGCCGCCGAGAUCCGUGACCCCGGUAAGAAAACUCGGGUUUGGCUUGGCACUUUCGACACCGCUGAGGAGGCGGCGCGUGCCUACGACACCGCUGCACGCGAUUUCCGUGGCGCCAAGGCCAAGACCAAUUUCCCCACUCCUUCUGAGCUUGUAAAUAACACCAACUCUACCCGCAGUCCUAGCCAGAGCAGCACCCUCGAUUCUUCAUCUCCGCCGCCGCUAGACCUCAGCCUCACGCCACUUUCUGCUGGCGUCGGUGCCUUGGGGUACCCGGUGAUCCCCUUGGCUCGCCCCGUUGUGUUUUUCGACGCGUUUGCGAGGGCUGACGGCAUGAGAAGCUUUGCCCGCCGCGAGAUGUGUGGGUUUGACCGCCCAGUGACUGAUUUACGUCCGGCAGCGGGCAGUGCGCAGAGUGACUCCGAUUCAUCGUCUGUGGUGGACUACGAUCGUGCUUCUCGGCCUCGGAGGCUUCUGGAUCUCGACCUUAACCUUGCUCCCCCGGCGGAGGUUGCUUGAUCUGGCCGCGCUUGAAGACGUGCUGGCAGAAGAUCUCUUUUCUGACCGUCAUUCCAUAACUUUAAUACUGUUUUGAGUGUUUUCCUAGCGACCAUUUUGGAAGAACAGAGAGCCGCCCUCUAUGGAGACAGAGACAGGGGGCGUUCGAGUUCGAGUACGACGUAGCUGAAAUGCUCGGAUUUGUUCAUCAGGCUUAACUCUAGCGGAUGUGUAUAUAGAUUAUAUAACCCAAAGUAGGCGUUUUUUAUUUUUUUUGGGGGGGGGGGGUUUCCAACAGAGAAGUUAUUAAGAGAUUCUCACUGUUGUUUCUGCAAUUUAUGU